AUGUUCAACACAGGUGUCGAUCUUUCGAAUAUAGCAGCGGCAAGAAGUGCUAGGAAUCUUUGGGCGCAUGCACCGUUGCUGCAUAUAAGUAAUGCUGACAAAGUCAAUGCAUUUGCAUCUUUAACCUCGCUUCUUCAAGACCCAGAAUUAAACGGUGACAAAGAUGUCCAAGACGCCAUAAAAGAGCUUAGUAGUUUGCCCCACACUGGUUUAGCGGUUAUUGAAGAAAAAGAAUUGGAAGUAAUCGCUCAGUUACAACGUGAACUUGGUCAGGAUAUCAACAUUUUGGAAAGUGAUAUGACUUUUUGGAAGGAUCAAGUGGAGGCAACCUUGGAGCAGAUUGAAGAUCUGAGGAAAAGGUUGGAUGAAUUUGUAACAAAGAACGAACUACACGACGCUCUGGAAAUUGCCAAGAAAGAAAUCAAAGAAGAGUUGAAAGUGUACAUCAACAGCCGGCUGGAAAAGGCUAAGUCAGAGUCACAGCAAAGGUUUUGUGACGGUAGGUCAGAGCUAAAGUUUAACCCAGUCUCUGAUCGAAUGAAGGAAGAACUUGUCGGUCGUUAGUGGUUGUUCAGUGACAUUCACAACUGGUUAGAAAAAGAUCUCGGGCAUCGGGAGUCUCGUGCCUUCCUUAUAUGGGGUGGUGCUGGAACAGGCAAAAGCUCGUUCGCCCAAGAGUUUGUCCGUCGGCACAAGGGAGAAAAAUUGGCUGGAUACCAUUAUAAUGGUAUCCAGCCAAUUUUUCUCCCUUGUGCCGUACUGUCAAAAAGAUAAUCCUCGCACCUGCGAUUUGGAAUCGUUAGUGUAUAGUCUCAGGAGUAUGCUCUCGAAGAGUCUUCCCGAAUAUGCUGCCUUGGUUGAGAUACUACAGACUGAUAAAUUUGGAAAUGAUCCUAAUGAACUGUUCGAUUCGUUAAUUACCACGCCAUUGCAGCAAUUGAAUGAAAAUACCAAACAUUUUCUUAUCAUCGAUGGCUUGGAUGAAGGAGGUGCCAAGAUUGCGUCUUGCAUUGCCAGAUUAUCAGGAACACUUCCAUCGUGGCUUCGCGUCAUUUUGACUGCAAGACACAAUGCUCCCGCUCUAUCAGGCCUUUUUUAA